UAAGGGCGGUAACAAACCCGGAAACAAAAAAUAAAUUAAAGAGGACGACACGUCAGCUGUAAAUAAAAACACUAGUCUGUUACUAAAAAAAUAUCCACAAUACUUACUUUUUUACGGUUAAUAAGACGUCUAACAACAACAUGGAGACAAAUGUGGAUGGAAUAGUGGCUACAGAGCGGUACGGCAGCGCCGAGUCUUGGAAGUAUGUAGUUCAGGACGGAGUGAUGCAACGGAGGAAGGAUGGAUCCAGCAGCUUCUCUCUAGUUGGAGCUUUUAAAAGUGUUUUUCUGCCUCAGGGUUAUCCUGAAAGCGUCAGUGAAGAUUACCUGCAGUAUCAGUUUUGGGACACCCUGCAGGCGUUUGCCAGCACCCUGUCGUGGACUCUGGUGACUCAGGCUUCCCUCAAAGGUGUUGGUGUUGGAAACCAAGAUGCCACUGUAGCUGCAGCUACGGUUACAUGGAUAUUAAAAGAUGGGACUGGAAUGUUUGGAAGAAUCCUCUUCGCCUGGCAGAAGGGGAGUAGGCUGGACUCUGAGGCUAAAAAAUGGAGACUGUUUGCCGACGUUCUCAAUGACAUCGCCAUGUUCAUAGAGAUCUUGGCUCCUUUCUUCCCGUCCUUCUUCACUUUGAUUGUUUGCACUGCAGGAGUUUUCAAGGCCAUCGUUGGAGUCGCUGGAGGUGCAACCAGAGCUGCGCUGACCGUUCAUCAGGCUCGCAGGGACAAUAUGGCUGACAUUUCUGCCAAAGAUGGAAGUCAGGAGACUUUGGUGAAUUUGGCAGGACUUGUUGUUAGUUUGAUACUUAUUCCCCUCAUCACUGAUAACUCCUCGCUGAGUCUUGGUCUCUUCUUCCUCUUCACCAUCCUCCAUCUGUUUGCCAACUACAAGGCUGUGCGUUCAGUUGUCAUGGAAACCUUCAACCAAGCUCGACUUUCAAUCGUGUUGCAGCAGUACCUGAAGGACAAACGCAUCCUGAGUCCAUUUGAGGCCAAUCGGAGAGAGCCCGUUUUCUUGGAGUUUAAAAUAACCACACCGAUCAAGCUUGGAGUGAAGCUGCAGGAUGUUGUACAGAGCCCAGAAGACUUCCAUUUGGCUUUGAGGAAUAACUCCAUGGCUUACCUCCUAGGAGUCAGAAAUGGUUGUAUUUGCGUUUGUCUGGGAUCUGGGGCAUCAGUGCACGAUGAGAUCCGAGCGGCAUGUCAGGCCUUGUGCCUGAGCAAUAUGUUGAAAAGUCCUUCAUUCAGUCAAACAAGCAAGCAAAGUUUGUGGGAAAUGGUCCAGAAGAGUCAAGAGGUCAUUGAUGCUAAUUUCCACACAUUUCUCAAAGGUGUGGAAGCUGCAGGAUGGGACACAAAACGAACUCUGCUCAACUGGGAUGAAUGGAGAGCAGAGUGGAAAAGAAAAAGCAGCUGAGCUUUCCUUUUUUUUAAUCCUCUGAUCCACUUUUGAUUUAAAAGGACUUCUGUUUUUUUUUUGUCUAGUUGUUAUAUCUUUCACAUAAAAAGGAGAAAAUGUUUUUUGAGGCACAUUUUUAUUUGCUGUCAAUAAAGCGAUUAUUGACCAGA